AUGGCUAUAAUUGCUAUAUUAACAGCAAGAGCAUUGAGACGAGAACGUGUUUAUUUCGAUCGUUCAAAUCCACUGGAUUUUAUGACAGAAAAGCAAUUUUUAGCACGUUAUCGAUUUCCAAAACAAGCAGUAUUAGGUUUAUUAAAUGAAAUUAAAUCUCAUCUUCAACGUCCAAGCUCUCGUAAUCAUGCCAUACCUCCGGUUAUCCAAGUUUUAACAGCGUUACGUUUUUAUGCCAGUGUUCGUUUUUUUAUAUGGAUGGUGAUGUGCAUAGAUUAUCUAAAACAUCUGUUAGCAGAAUAG